GAGAGUUUCUCCAGCAGUAGAAGCGGAGAUGCUGCUGCUGCUGCGCUGCUGCUGAGAGAGAGAGAGAGAGAGGAGCUGCUGAAGAAUUAUUAUGGCUGUCUACACAGUUUGCAUUCACCUCCACAAGAACAUCAGAUAAUCUCAUCGAGAGGAAAACCUCAGGAUGCUGAAGUUAGGAGAGGUUAAGUGUGAGUUGUCUGAAGUGGACUGCGGCUCUCCCCAGUCGUAUACUGUUCAACAAACCCUGAAAAACACAGGCAAGAUGAAAAAACACCAGUGCUCAGAGUGUGGGAGGGCCUUCAUUCAGCCGUAUCUCCUCAGACGACACCAGCGCAUUCACUCCGGAGAGAGGCCGUAUUCCUGCUCCGAGUGCGGGAAGAGCUUCACCCAGCAGAGGUACCUCACCAACCACCAGAUCAUUCACACUCGAGAGAAAUUAUUCAUCUGCUCUGAGUGCGGGAAGAGCUUCAUCCAGCAGGCGUGUCUCCAAAACCACCUGCUCGUUCACAGAGGAGAGAGGCCGUACGUCUGCUCAGACUGCGGCAAGAGUUUUACCCAGCAGAGUCAUCUCCAAACACACCAGCGCGUUCACACUGGAGAGAAACCGUAUCACUGCUCAGAGUGCGGGAAGAGCUUCAACCAGCAGAGUCACCUCCAGACCCACCAGCGCGUUCACACUGGAGAGAAACCCUACGUCUGUUUAGAGUGCGGGAAGUGCUUUAAUCAGCAGAGUCAUCUCCAAACGCACCAGCGCGUUCACACUGGAGAGAAACCGUAUUCCUGCUCAGUGUGCGGGAAGAGCUUCACUCUCGCCACUAAUCUGAAAAGCCACCAGCGCAUUCACACCGGAGAGAAACCGUUCUCCUGCUCAGACUGUGGGAGGAGCUUUAAUAAUCAGAGUAAUCUCAUACAGCACCAGCGCAUUCACAGAGGAGAGAGGUUUUACUGCUCAGGCUGUGGGAGGAGCUUUAGCCAGCUUCAUACUUUUAGUGGCCACCAGUGCGUUCCUACAGGAGAGACGACUCAACCUCCACAAAAACACCAAAAAAAAGUCAGAAUGCUGAAAUCAGGAGAAGUUAAAUGUGAGGAUCUGGCAACCGAAGAGGACUGCAGUUCUCCUCAAUCCAACAGUGAAGUUCAACAGAUGCAGAACUACACAGCAGAGGAGCUGAACCACCAGUGUUCAGAAUGCGGGAAAGUCUUCAGUCAGCUUUCUGUUCUCAAGCGGCACCAGCGCGUUCACACCGGAGAGAAACCGUAUUCCUGCUCAGAUUGUGGCAAGACUUUUAUUCAGUGGACUAAUCUCCAGAACCACCUGCGCGUUCACACUGGGGAGAAGCUCUACUGCUGCUCGGAGUGCGGGAAGAGCUUUUUCCAGUGGAGUAACCUCCAAACGCAUCAGCGCAUUCACACUGGAGAGAAACCGUAUUCCUGCUCAGAAUGUGGAAAAAGUUUCAACCAGCUGGUUAAUCUCCAGACGCACCAGUUCGUUCACACUGGAGAGAGACCCUAUAGCUGCUCAGAGUGCGGAAAGACUUUUACACAUCCGAGUAAUCUCAAAAGUCACCAGAUUAUCCACACCGGUGAGAAACCGUAUCACUGCUCGGAGUGCGGGAAGAACUUCACGAGUCAUCGCAGUCUAAGAACGCACAAGCGCAUUCACACCGGAGAGAAAUACAUCUGCUCUGAGUGUGGGAAGGGCUUUACUCAGUUCCAGAAGCUCAAAUACCACGAGCGCAUUCACACAGGAGAGAAACCGUAUUCCUGCACCGAGUGCGGCAAGAGCUUCCAUCAGCUGAGGUAUCUCCAAGCCCACCGUCGCCUUCACACCGGAGAGAGGCCGUACUCCUGCUCCGACUGCGGGAAGAGCUUCAACGAACAGAGUCACCUCCGAACGCACCGCCGCAUUCACACCGGAGAGAAACCCUACUUCUGCUCCAAGUGCGGGAAGAGCUUCACCCAGCAGGGUCACCUCCAAACCCACCAGUGCGUCCAAAAAAAAGAAGAGACCCCAUGCCAAUGCUCAGAAUGCGGCAGGAGUUUCAAACAGCUGGCUCAUCUCCAAAGCCACCAGCGCAUUCACAGCAAAGAGAAGUAUACCUGCUCAGCGUGUGGAAAAAGCUUUAACCAGCUGGGUCACUUCCAGACUCACCAGUGCGUUCGCAGAGCAGUGGAAGAGCAGUAUAUCUGCUCAGAGUGCGGGAAGACCUUCACUCAGAUCGGCCUCCAAAAACACCAGUGCAUUAAAACUGAAGCAGCAGUUGUUGAAACAUCUUCAAGCAACUAGAGAUUUACAGAUCCACAAAAAUGAGAUUGUUAAAUCACAGAUUUGUUUUGCUGUAGCAGUGCGUCCUCAUGUUACAGACAUCAGUCUGCUUUCCUCUUGUUACUAUCUGUGCUAUUUAAUUUCCCAAUACGACCUUUCCUAAAACAGUGUUCACACAACAAACAAACAGCAUAUUUGAACUCUUAAGUGCAGUGAUGUUACCAGUCAACAGCCUGAGUUAACAAGGCUGAGUUUCUUCUAAUUCUAACUCCCCAUUCCACUUUAAAUGGUGCAGCACUUAUAAUGUGUCUUUUAAAGUCCUUAUAUGCAUGUCAUAUCACUUGAAACAUAUUCACAAUGCCACCAGGCAUUUAUUAAAGGUCGUGGAAGAAGGGUUAGAGACCAGAAUACUGAACAAUUAAGUUCAGAUAAUAAUUUCAAUAGCAUAUCUUUUUAGAUAAAAUCUCACAAAAAAAUGUAUGAACAGUUUGUAGAGUUUGGCUUAAUAUUAUACUGCUGCGCUUGCGCAGAUCUCCACAUUGACUGGGGGCUUCCUCAUUAGAACACUUAUUAUAUGUUUAUGAUUAUAUACCCAAACAGCUGCCUUAAUAAGCAUUACAAAAACUUCAAUUAAUAUUUUAAGCAGGUGCUGGUCUCCUCAUUAAUACUGUUUCUGGGGUGGGGAUGUUACCAGUCAGCAGGUUAUUUAAGGUCAUGCAAGACAAUCCUCCUGUCUGUUUGAAUGGGGAAAGUUCAGAUGAUCUUUUCAACAACAUAUUUUCUUAUCAUUACUGAUAAAAUCAAACAAAUAAACCUCAUAAACAACAGUUUACUAAGUUUACUGAGGUUACUUAUUGAGUUUGGCUCAAUAUUAUACUGCUGCGCUUGCGCAGAUCUCCAUAUUGAGUGGGGAGCACUAAGCCUCCUUCACUUCCAGCUUAAGCUGAGUGCUGAUUGGCUCUUUUUGUUAAAGGGUAGGAUUAUAUCCUUAAGCUGUGAUGAUCGUUGCAAACAAAAUGUUAUUUUAUUUCACCCAGGACUUAGGCACUUAUUUAAGGUCAUGCAAGACACGCCUCUUAUGUAAAUGAAGAGAGACCAAAAUACUGAAUGAUAAUUUCAACAGCAUAUCUUUGUAUCAUCACUGAUACAAUUUAACAAAUAGGCCUCAUGAACACUUUGUAGAGUUUGGCUCAAUAUUUUGCUACUGCGCUUGCGCAGAUCUCCACAUUGAGUGAGAGCUUCCCCACUAGAACAAUAACCCUCCUUCACUCCCAGCUUAAGUAGCAUGCUGAUUAGCUCUUCUUGUUAAAAGGUGGGACUAUAUCCUUAAAGAGUAAUUAAACUCUGAUGAGCAUUAUGAAAACCUCUACACAAAUUCCAACCAGUUGCUGGUUACAAGUUAUCAGCCAAAACAAGGCUAAAAUUGGCUUCUAAUGCUAACUCUCCAUUCCACCUUAAAUAAUGAAGCAGGUUUGUUAUCUGGAUGGUUCGUAACCCAGUAUUGUGUGGGGAGGUUGUACAUGUUGGUUUUUAUCCAUGUUCUCGUCCAUAUUUUCUUCUUUUUUAGAGUAUUUUUUAUGUUUUUGAGACCAAAUGUGCUUUUGGAGAGCAGACAGACUUGUUAUGUGUUCCUCCUGGUGAGAGCACCAGAUACCAACUUAAAUAAUCCCCAUUUAUAGGAGAAAUUAAAAGAGUGUGAGUAUGAAAAGUAAUGUGUUGUGAAUCUGGCAUAAACUAAACACAGUACUUGACUGCAGUAUUGAAUGGUCAGAUUCAUCAAUCAGACUGAAUUAUACGAUUUUAAACACACUAAAAUUUAAUCAAAGUUUUAAAAAGUUGCCAAAUUAAAUGAGUCAGUACAGAAUGUAUUUUUUAUAGAAACUGUUACUCAGUAUUAAUCAACAGCUCAUCUUAUCUAAACUGUGUGAAUGUAUUACUGGUAUUUAUACAAACACAAAGAUCAGAUCAGUAUCUGCAAAUUGAGCAUUAAGGUACUUGGGGCAUCCCUAUAAAGUACCAUAUUUGUAAAAGCAUGAUUUUCACUAUAUUCAGUAUAUAUUAUCAUAAAACAGUGUAUUGUUAAUUUUGUCCUCUGCUUCCGAAGACGAUAAAUUGUUUAUUUUUAUGUGAUGAAAUUACAUGUUGAGUUUUUCAUUAAAUAUUUGAGUCUGAUCAGUUAUUUUGAGCUUACUAUAAAGUUAUACAAUCAACUGCAUCAAAUUCUAUAUUUUCUGUAGGACAUGUCAAUUUUAGUAAUGAAAAUUGCUAAAUAAAAAAAUAAUUUGUCUGUUUUCUGUGUUCUGGAUGCAGUUCUAAUAAAAACAUGUG